GGCGCCCAUAAUGUGCGAAUGGGUGUAGUUGGUUUACGCCGAACGGCAUGGUUCUGUUUGGCGUGAGAUAAUCUCCUUGUAUCACCAUGCCUGCCUUUCGCUCUGCGUACGACUGUACGAGCACUGACGGACCAGACGAUGAGGACCUCGCAGCAGAGCCAGUACAUGAAGGAGAAACGAGCCUGCGUCGCAAGGCGUGGAAAGCUGCAGAAACAUCACCAGCGACACCAUGUGAGCUAGGUAAUGCUGCAGACAAAUCUGUUCAAGUGCAACUACUUACCUGUCACGAAGCAUCACAAGCAGAUGUAAAGAAAAUUCUUUCAACAAGCACUACGCAAACAGAGCCUCAAGCUGUUUCUUCAGGUUCCUUGACUUUCGUGUCCCUGGAGCAGUCUGCUACAUUGGCGUCUGUGCAAGAUCGACUGCAUCCCUGCCACAAGAAAGAGGGUCUCUUUUCCUGUGUCCACUGCAAUGCAUCGUUUGUGAUGAAAGGACACCUCGUGAAGCACAUGCUCAUUCACACAGGAGAGGGCCCUUUCCCCUGUGGCCACUGCAAUGCAUCCUUUUCCCAGAAAGACCACCUUGUAAGCCAUAUGUGUGUACACACUGGAGCGCGCCCCUUUUCCUGUCUCCAUUGCAAUGCGUCCUUUUCAAUGAAGGCCCACCUUGUUAUGCAUAUGCGCACUCACACAGGUGAGCGUUCCUUCUCUUGUGUCCACUGCAAUGCAUCAUUUCUAAUGAAAGGCCAGCUUGUUAAGCACAUGGCCAUUCAUCCGGGAGUGCGCCCUUUCAACUGUAUCCACUGCAAUGCAUCUUUUUCCCAGAAAUACCACCUUGUAAAACACAUGCGCAUGCACUCUGGAGAGUCUUUUUCCUGCAUUCACUGCAAUGCAUCCUUUUCAAUGAAAAGCAACCUUUCGAUACACAUGCGCACUCACACAGGAGAGCGUCCCUUCUCCUGUGUCCUCUGCAACGCAUCCUUUUCUAUGAAAAGCAACCUUGUGAUACACAUGCGGACUCACACAGGAGAGCGUCCCUUCUCCUGUGCCUACUGCAGUGCAUCGUUUGGUUCAGAAAGGCAGCUUGUGGAACACUCUCGCAUGCACACUAGAGAACGUCCCUUCUCCUGUUCUCACUGUGAUGCAUCUUUUUCACAAAAACGCCCCCUCACAGAUCAUAUGUCUCUUCGUCAUGCAAAUACGAUGCCCUAAAUGUGAGGUGCCAAAAGGGUUCUGUUAAAAAAGUGUAAGGUGGGGCAUGGAGUGUGGAUUUGGUUAAUUAGAAUGACAGUGAAGGUGUAGUAUUGGGUUAGAAAGUAUGCUUACUUUGGCAACUCAUGAGUGUGAAUGAAGUGAUUUUAGGCCAGAAUCAUUUGUGCUAACACAGUAUUCCACAAAUGUGCGUUUUUUUCUCAGUCAUAAGCACUACUAGAGUUGUGUUUUAAUGCUAUUGUCCACCAGAUCUUGGUGGUGACUAUCUGUUGGAAAAAAUUAUGAGCAGCCACAGCCACUGGGAAGUGUAACCUACAUCUACAAAACAGAAAGCAGGCCCUCUCAACACUUCACCAUAGCUGUGCUUAUUACAGGUCAAUGUCAGUACAGUGAAGCAAGGUGAGCAGGUGCAAUACACAAGUGGCCUGUCAUUCUUUAUGCUGCCUUUAUAAAUGUUCAUUACUACAAUUAAAUAAAAGGUGAAGAUACCUUCCGCAGGUGAAAAGAGAAAACAAAAGCAAGUCUUAUUCCGGAGAAUGUUGAAUAAAAUAUUGUUACGGGGUCGUGAUGGGGUGAACGAAGGGAGGAGACUCCAGGUUGAAGAAGAAACUGUUUAUUCGGGCCGAAAUUGUGGACACACAAAAGGAAAGUAAGACACCGACACUGAUAGCGGCAAACAGAGCAUUGGCCGCCGAUCAACUGACAAGCGACGAAUCGUGUCGGCAUUUAUACCCUUGUCAUCGAAUAUUUUAGCGUUAUAGCUAGCGGCGACAUAGGUUCCCAAAUAAUCUGUGACGUUCCUGAUGUGGGCGUAAUCUUAACAAAACGAUCUACUAAAACCUCGAAACUUCUCGAGCAUCGUAGGCGCUGCUUUGUGCUGAACGUAGUGUAACGGGGUGAUAACAAAACUUGAGGAAAGGAACAUGGCAUUGCUCCCCUUAGGAAAAGUCAUUGUCCCAAUGCUUUAACAAAAAAAAAAACGAAGGUACAAUAAUAAAGGUAAUAAACAGUAAUAGCAACAACAACAAAAUGCAGUCCUCAGGUUCAGGCAUGAAAUGACUUGAGGCGCACGACAUGGGCGACUUCAGGUCGAGCACGGCGCGAUUGAGAGUUUGUAAUGCCGUCGGGAACGACCUCGCAGUCGAGGGGGCUGAGAUUUCGAACUACUCUGUGCGGUCCGAAGUACCGUUGCAGAAGUUUUUCACUGAGCCCACGUCGGCGAAUCGGCGUCCAUACCAAGACACGAUCUCCGAGCUGGUACUCAAUGAAGCUUCGUUGAAGGUUGUAAUGGCGGUUGUUGGUCGCCUGCUGGUUCUUGAUGCGUAGGUGGGAAAGUUGACAAGUUUCUUUCGCGCCCUGAAGGUAAGUGGUGACGUCGAGGUUCUCUUUGCCAGCGACGUUUGGAAGCAUAGCGUCGAGGGUCGUUGCCGGGCUCCUUUCAUAGACCAACUUGUAUUGCGUCAUCUGCAUCGUUUCUUGGACAGCCGUAUUCUACGUGAAGGUCAUGUACAGAUGGAUGGCGUCCCACGUCUUGUGUUCAACGUCGACGUACAUAGGCAGGGUGUCUACGAUUGUCUUGUUUAGCCACUUGGUGACACUAUUUCUUUGUGGGUGGUAGGCGGUGGUGUGGCGAUGGCUUGUGCGGGUAUGUUUCAAGAUCGCUUGCAUCAAAUCAGCAGUAAAGGCCGUACCUCUAUCGGUGAUGACAACCUCUGGGGCACCAUGACGAAGGACGAUGCUCUCAACGAAGAACUUGGCUAUCUCUUCGGCGCUACCUUUGGGUAGGGCCUUUGUUUCGGGGUAGCAGGUGAGGUAGUGAGUAGCUACGACAAUCCAUUUGUUUCCCGAAUUCGGCUUCGAAAAUGGCCCUAGUAGGUCCAUCCUGAUUUAUUGGAAUGGUCGACGAGGCGGUUCAAUCGGCUGAAGAAAGCCUGCUGGCCUUGUUGGCCGUGUUUUGCGUCAGUGACAGUCUUGGCAUGUCCUCACGUAACAAGCGACGUCAGCGUUAAGGCGCAGCCAGUAGUACCUUUCCCUUUCUUCUAUCCUUGCGAGCGUGCGCGAAAUACCAAGGUGUCCUGCCGUUAGAUCAUCCUGCAGGGCCUGGAGGAGUUCUGGUCGCAGAGCUGAAGGCACCACAAGAAGGUGCUUGGCUCAAAGCAACGAAAAGUUCUUCUUUUGCAGAAGGCCGUUUUGCAGUGAAAAUGACCUAAGUGCCUGUUUGAAUACCUUCAGAACAACGGAGGUUCUGCCCUCAAGGUAUUCGAUUAGGCCCCCAAGUUCCGUGUCAGCCUGCUGGCGUUCAGCGAAGUUGUCGGCAGUUAUCGUUCCCAAGAAGCAGUCGUCAUUCAGGUCUUCAGGCAACAGUGGGUUGACGGGGCUCACGACAGGCAGUCGGCAUCGGAGUGUUUUCUGCCGUACUUGUAAUUGACGGCAAUGUCGUAUUCUUGAAGUCUCGGGCUCAAUCGCACUAGACGACCUGAAGGGUCCUUCAAAAUAGCUAGCCAACACAAGGCGUGGUGGUCGCUCACAACUUUGAAAGGCCUGCCGGAGAGGCAAGGAUGAAACUUUGACGUCGCCCAGAUGAUGGCAAGGUACUCCUUUUUUGUUGUGGAAUAAUUGCUUUCAGCCUUGGAUAGUGAGCGGCUAGUGUAACUAAUGACCCUUUCCAGUUCGUCAGUUUUGUGCGCAAAGAUGGCGCCAAGUCCUACGCUGCUUCCUUCAGUGUGCUCCUCUAUUUAGGCCUUUUCAUCGAAAUGGGCGAGUAAUGGAGGUGUCGUAAGCAUUGUUUUGAUUCCCCAAAUGCUUCCUCCUAUUAGGUUUCCCACUUGAACUCGGCGUGAGUCCUCGUAAGGUUAGUGAGUGGCUCGGCGAUUCGGGCAAAAUUUUUGAUGAAGCACCUGUAAUAGGUGCACAGGCCUAGAAAUCGACGCACAGCCUUUGCGUUUGCGGGCAGCAGAAAUGCAGCGAUGGUGGCUGUCUUCUGCGCAUUGGGUCUUACUCCGGACUUCCUUAUUACGUGGCCCAAGAACAAAAGUUCCUCGUAAGCAAAGCGGCAUUUCUCUGGUUCCAGGGUGAGUCCAGAAGUCUUGAUGGCUUGAAGUACAGUUUUAAAGGAGUGCUGACAUCAAAUUUUAAGAUCUAGAUGUGCCCAUCAUUUGAUCGUUUUGUAUGCAUAGGUCUUCUUGGCCAAAUAUGAACGGCAUACGUCACGUGGAAAUUAUUUUAAUUCGAUGACAAACAGCGUAGAAAAGUUAAGGAGAAAAAACGAAAAAUAGACUGUCCUGCAACAUCGACACUAGUGCUACGUGUUCGGUGUGAUACAUUCCACAAAUACCAUCCUGAGUGACGAUGCCUUAGUAGCGAUGACGUGUACGAUCCGAGUGUUCUCAUCGUGGCGUUGACUUGUGCCAAAGUGCAGAAACGCACUCGCUCGUUCACGGCCAGGCUAGCGUGCGCAGGUGCAGUCUAGCGCGGCCGUGGCUCGUCGAGUCUGAUCGUCAUCGCACCCGUGUGAAUGAUUUCGUGAAAUCGUCAACAUAAAAACUACCUUUAAAAAAAUGCCGAAAGAAAAGAGCAUGCUUAAACGUUUGCUUGUCGAUCAGCGUGUCCGGGAAUCGUUGUGAGUUGCAGUCGUCUAGUUCGAAGCACGAAAAAGCGCAAUGAGGUUGUCUUUUCAUAGCACUUAUGUGUUACACAUCAACACGGCCACAAGCUAUCAAAAGUGGAAGAGCGUGUAGUCAGAUAUCAUCGCUAACAAGUAACACGCAGGUAUAGUUGAAUUUUAGUUCAUAUGUAGACUUUGCGUCCACGUAAAAGUGGUAAUACCAUGUUAACCACGAGAGGCUAGAUAGAUGGGGCCUUCUGAAAGUGCAAAAAAGAACCUGACAAGCAGGAAAAGUAUUCUAUUUCUCCGCUGAUGCUCAUUUACGAUAGCUAUAUUGCAUUGACCCCUCUGAGUAUACGUGAAUGCUUUGCACGUGAAAACACACCAAAAUAGCUAACUGAGACACAUGAGCGAACAAGGCUGAAGCGUGCAUACUCGGGCACCUCUGCAGUGCUGCUUGGAACAGCGUCCAUUUCGAAAUCACUGUUCUGCAAAAGGUCGAUCCAAGCAAAAGUAAUUCGCGAAUUGCGGGAAUUCCAAGCUCCAGACUAUUGUAUUGAACCCGAGUCGACACUUUGUACGGCGACGACAGCAAUGCAGGUGACAAGGCAUGACUGAAUGUGUCUGCCUAGCAGACGAAAUGUUUUCGAAGCAGCUGAGCAUGACGUCACUUUUUUCUGUGGAGAAGUGGUCAGCUGUGGUGUGAUCUGGAGGUGACCGCGAGGUAGCGCCACUGCUGCUGUUCCCAGCGCUAAAAAUGGCGGGAUUGCCGGCUGUUUUUGAAUAGUGCUAGAUCCCAGUAAUAUAAAUCAAUAAAAGAGAUAGUUAUUCAUCCCUCAGUUGCGUUUUAGGUCGCGAAUUAUUGCUACGAGGUCUAUAGCUACUCGCUGAUGCAAAAAUCUUGGCAUGAGUAAAUUUGAUGUCAAUGCUCCUUUAAAGUGCCGAAGAUGCUCGCCGAAGCUUGUGGAAAACAAAACGACAUCGCCUAAGUAAACGAGACAAGUCUGCCACUUCAAUCCUGCCAGCACCGUGCCCAUAACGCGUUGAAAAGUCACAGGUGUCGAGUAAAGACCGAAGGGCAUAACCUUGAACUCGAAAAGGGCAUUUGGUGUUAUAAAUGCUGUUUUUCUUGGUCUCUCUCAUCGGCUUCGAUUUGCCAGUAGCCAGUUUUGAGGUUCAUCGACAAAAAGUACUUCGUGUUGUGGAGUCGAUUCAAGGCGUCAUCUAUCCAUGGGAGAGGAUAAACAUCUUUUUUGUGAUUUUGUUAAUGUGGUGAUAAUCGACGCAGAAACGUAGGGUUUCGUGCUUCUUCUUCACUAACACCACGGGUGUCGCCCACGAACCCUCCGACGGUUGGUUGGAUGAUGUCGUUGCAUUUUGUCGUCUUGUCUUUAAACGGCCUCGAGUUCUCACAUCGGAACUCUGUAGGGGCUCUGCCGUAGUGGUCUGGCGUUUUUCUCUGUUAUUAUGUGAUGUUUCGCGACUGCGGUCUGGCGAACUUUCGACGACAACGAAAAGCAGUCCUUGUAUUGCAGGAGCCGGGCCUUGAGCUGUUCUUGCUUAUGCUUCGGAAGGCUCGGAUUGACGUUGAAAGCUGGGUGAGGAGCUUCGUUCCAUGGAGUAGGUGCUGUAGAAUCGGCGAGGGCGAAAGCAUUGGUGGCUUCUAUAAUUUCGUGAAUGUAGCCGACCGUUGUACCUUUGUUCACGUGUUUGUACUCUUUGCCGAAAUUCAUGACCUGAACUGUUGCUUUUUUUUCCCGUAGCUCAGCGAUUACUCUUGCUACACAAAUAUUGCAGUUGAGCAAUAGGUGCUGAUUGCCUUCAAUGACGCCUUCAAAGUCUUCUGGUUUUGGGGUGCCGGCGGAAAUGAUGACGCUUGAGCGAGGAGGGAUGGUGACUUUUUUCAGCACAUUCAGAGCACGACUUCGUGAUGGCGUGCGUGGCGGUAGUGCUUUUUCUGUGAAUAGUGUUAUCGACUUUGCUCACAGGUCGAUGACCGCACCGUGGAGGUUCAGGAAGUCCAUUCCAAGAAUAACUUCUCUCGAACAAUGCUGCAGUACGACGAAGCUUGCGGAUAAAUGUGGCUCUGGCUGUGAAAUGUGGCUCUGGCUGCGCACAUUCCUGUUGCGCAGCCAUAGCCGCAUGUCGGGGUCAGCGUGGCGGAAGAGGAAGGUCUUUUCUUCUAUGAAAAUAGUGACAUUUUCAUUGGGCACCUGCACCCGGGUCUCCAGCCAUGCAGCGUCCUUCUUUUUGUGAGCAACGCUUGUGAAUGUUUGCAGGAAUAAGCUUCAGAAAAGAUCCUAGGUUUGAAGGGCAGACUCCCGAUUCUCGAACCAGGUCCUUGCCGCGUCUUCCAGAUUAAAAGUAGACACGUCGGAGCUUCUCUCUGCGUCCCACUGGUUGAAGGCGGCCACUCAGUCGUAGGUCUCUAGCCAGGUCUUCGGGACUUCGAACGAUGACCCAUGGAAAAUAGGUGGUUCCCUUGGCUGCUGCAUCAGGAUCGUGUGCUGUGGCGCAGCAGUUGUCAUCGUUGCCGCAGUCGAGGUCAUGGCCUUGGUUUUUUGAGCGUUGUCUUGCAGAGGCCUGUAUUCCGGAGGCAAACCCUGCUGCCUGCGGCUUGUUCGGUGCUCGUGGCCAGUGUCGGUGUCUUCGCUAUGUGGGCUGGGUUCACGGCUUGACAGGGGUGUCCGGUACAUGAACGAAGCAGCACCUCCACCAGAUGUCACGGAGUCGUGACGUGAACGAAGGGUGCAGACUCCAGGUCAAAGAAGAAACUGUUUAUUUGGGCCGAACUUGUGGCCACGCAAAAAGAAAGUAAGACACUGGCUCUGAUUGCGGCGAACAGAGCGUCGGCUGUCGAUCAACUGACAAGCGGCGAAUCGUGUCAACAUUUAAACCCUUGCCAUCGAAUAUUCUAGCAUUAUUGCUAGCGGCGACGUAGGUGGCCGAAUAAUCUGUGACGUUCCUAAAGAGGGGGUAAUCUUAACAAAACGAUCUACAAAAGCCUCAAAGCUUCUCAAACACCGUAGGUGCAGUUUGUGCUGAAUGUAGUGUAACGGGGUGAUAACAAAACUUGAGGAAAGGAACGUGGCAAUAUGAUAGUGAAGACAUUUAGGCUAUUUUGUGAUGAAGGUGUUCGCACAUUGGUGGUAUUCGCAACACUAGUGGCGUAGCUCACAUUUACUCAUCACAAUUUUCAUAGUGCUGUUAAAGCGAUAGGCAAGUGCACCUCUGUUGCUGUGCAAAGGGGAGGUGCUAGGUGGCUAUACCAGCAUGUGCACCAUUUUGACUGUGUAUGGAUGCUCCAUGUGACGAUGAUUGGAGAAGCUGGGCAUUAAUGGCUGUCCAACUUAUCCUCAAGAUAAUCAUCGGGAAGGGAGAAAGAAAUGCAAUAAUAUAAGGGUGUUCCAUGUGAACAUUGUAUGUCCAUUGAAUGUGAACUUUGUAUAAAUGACAGUCGUGCAGAUUGCUAUAGUUUUUUUUCCUCUUGAAAAACUUUUGAAGGGGGGUCUUUGUGAUGGUGCGUGCGAGUGGUGUGAGGACUGUAAAUAAAAUGGCUACGAAGAUGACAUGCGGCACCUGUGGUACGCGAGAGCUCGAAAGACAUGUUCGUCCAUUGAGCACUCCCCACGAGAACAAAUGAAGAAACUGAGAGGCGGGACUGGGUGAGGAAGACAUGUGAGAAGAAGGAUACUCUGUCUAUGGCACAAAAGUAGUGGCAUACUGAGUUACUGACUCAAGGUCACUGCAGGCUUUCACCUGGAUGCACAUUCCUUGUCAAGAUUCUCUUCAUAGCCUGGUAUUAGAGCUACAACAUGCAACCCAGGUGAAACCGGUGUGUCCAGGAAGGUGAAGGAGCUACAUGUGAACUUUGGCUGGUGAACACCCGUAGGGCAUUUGGCCAUUGCCCUCCAUCGCAUUCAGUGGCUACUGUAACCACCCUUGCAGUACGUUGUGCACCGGUGUCACCCACACAUGAGCCUCUGUACCUUUACAUACAAAAGACUGCGAUAGCAUUCCGGCUCGAGUUGCACUUUAUAGCUAUGUGUAGACUUGUUUCCUCUAUGUUGUGUGUACUGCCUUCCCUCGUGCUAUUUUUUUUGUGUGCUGUAAAUAUAUAAUUUGUAUUUUUGUAAAUAAACGACCUCAUUUCUUUUUAUGAC